GUGGAUCUGGAGUCCAUUGUGCUGGAGGUGAUUUCCGGCAAUCGCAGUCCCUACCGAUCAAACGCUGUGCUGCCGAGUGAGAACAACAGCAACAACAACACGGCAUCUGAUGUGCGCAGCAGACGCCAGCGCAAUCGAUACUCCAUCGAUGAGAGGUCCCUCAACAACUCCGCCCUACAGCUACUCCAACAGUACGACAUCUUAUCCAUGGAGGAAGCCAGGGAGGCGGAGUAUCAGCAGCGCGAGAAGGCAUUCCGUCGGUCGAGGUCCAGCUUCUUCCUCCUCUUUAUAGCCAUCGGCAACCUUGUGGUAGUGCACUCGGAACUCUUCUGCUAUGUCAUCCUAGUGCUGAAUCACAUGCGUUCGGCCAAUGUCCUCUCCUUGUUCUGCCCUCUGAUGGUUUUCCUCUGGGCCAUGCUUUCAGUCCCGCGGCCGACAAAGACCUUCUGGAUUACUCUUAUUACCUACACCGAGGUGAGUGCAUCGGCUACCGUCUUUGUCUCUCCUUCGGAGGAUCGUACCUACCCCUUAUUAGGUUUUGACUAG